UUUAUGAUGAUAGCAGAUCACUCAAACGAUCAUCUUUGCGAUGAUAAUGCUGUUGGACAGUUUGUACAAACGUACUUUGAUUACUAGGCCCUGCAAUAACCAUCAGAUGCUCUACAGCAGUCAAAGAAGCUUCAUACUAGACUCGGAUCAUAUUGAAGGCAAAUCAGCGAACAUUAAGUUAUUAGUUCCUCGAUCGUUGGACGAUAACGUUGGUAUAUUCCCCAGAGAAGUACUGUUCAUGUAUUUCCUACAUCCUCUAUCCUUAGGCCAAAGUCUUUCAAUGGCAGGUAAUCAUGACCUACCUUACCUGGAACAACGGAAGAUUUUGGUCGAAGGAUCCGUCACCGAAACGGUUCUUUACUGUAUUAGUAACGAAGGUAUCCGUACCUAAAUGGAACCAACUGUAAUGAAAGCACCUCGAUGGAAAAUUCCUACGGGACAGGCAAAGGUGGUGCACAGCUCUAUUAAAGGUCGCUCCGGGUCGGACAGUUCAUCAGUUCCAAACUUGAUUUUGGAUAGACAGGUUGACUGCGCUCGCUCUAAACAGUUUAAAAUUUAUUCUACGUUCAUCGUAAUUCAUUUCGAUCUACUCAAGUCCAAUCAUCAUGAAGUACCCUAAAGGACAAAUCCGUCACAUCUUGGACCUGUCCAAGGAGGAGAAGCGUGAAUUCUCGCAAUCGUUCGAUACCAUCAUGUCUGAUUGUGACGGAGUCGUUUGGCACUUCACCGGUCCGAUUCCCAACGUGGACAAAGCAUUGCAACUGCUGAAGCAGAAAGGUAAGAAGCUGGCGUUCAUCUCAAAUAACGGCAUGCGCACCAUGGAGGAAUACAAGCAGAAGUUUCUCAAACUUGGAAUACCUUCCCAUGAGCUGGAAAUUGUCCACCCGGCGUUGACAACGGUUCGAUACCUGAAGGCAAUCAACAUGCAAGAUGCGGUCUACUGCAUUGCAACAGAGGUCUUCAAAGAUUAUUUGCGCAACGAAGGAUACGUGGUUUUGGAUGGGCCUACGGAACAGUUCUCCGACGACAGGGCAGCUGAUUCCGUUCGAGUGUUUACGGAAUACUUUGAAGAAACCGACAGUCCUAAGGUUGGCGCUGUUGUGAUGGAUUUGGAUUGCAACGUUUCGUUGGCUCACCUGAUGCGCGCCAAAUGUUAUCUGCAGCGAAAUCCCGAUUGUUUGCUCCUAGCCGGUGCUACAGACUACAUCGUACCUCUGGGAAGCAAUGGCCGUGAUGUGAUUGGACCCGGAUACUUCCUGGAAAUGUUGGAACGGGCAACCGGUCGGGAGGCAUUGGUACUCGGAAAGCCUGGACAAGCCCUGGCGCAGUUCAUUCUGGAACAGUUUAACGUGACACAGCCGGAGAGAACACUGUUCAUCGGAGAUAUGCUCAUGCAAGAUAUGGGGUUCGGAUCGCGCUGUGGAUUCCAAAAGCUACUCCUGCUAAGUGGCGGAACUACGUUAGAGAUGUUGAAGGCUCACAACAAACCGGAAGAAUUACCUGAUUUCUACGCAGACAGCUUUGCAGAUUUCAUUCAGCUCUACCAGGAUAUUUGCGAGUAAAGAUUGCUGAUUGAAAUCAUCAGAUUGAUAAGGAAUAUUACUCAUAGAAUAGCCAUAUGCACUUCAAUGUGAUUGAUUGGUUGUGAUAAUCAAUGUAGAACAUUUCCAUGGGACUACUAGAUAUCUAAAUAAAUAUAGCUAUUUUGUGAUCAGUUUUCUAAGGAUAUAUUUAGGGAAAGCAUUUAAUUACUUACCUCUGUGAGUAUCGAUAUAAAUAACUAGUGUAAGUGUAAUAAAGAAUGUCUGUCGAAGAACCAA